AUGCAAUUUUUCUAUCUGGGCAGCUAUGUCUCACCUUGCGGACGCAUCACGGAUGACGAGUCGGAUCGCAUACAAAAGGCUCGUUUGGCAUUUGCUAACUUGAGACAUGUGAGGCUUCAUCGCCGAUUGUCAGUGAAGCGUCGAGUAUAUGUUGCAGCGGUUCGGCCAGUGCUAUUCUACGUUGCAGAAACGUGGUCACUACGGGAACAUAAUAAAGUAGGUUGUCGGUGUUUGAACACUGUUGUCUACGUUGUAUUACACGAUCCUGGUAGGAAACACGGACUAGCAUUUGCAGAGUUUCAGGUAAUCGCGGUCAUCCAGUGGAACAAGUUGCCGCGGUGUGUAAUGUUUGACGAGACAGGCAAUGCUAUCAGUCGGCUUAACAAACUUUUCGAUGAAGCAGAGGCAAUCACUCCAGGUGUUUGCAUGGAAAACGCCUUGGGAUGUUUGACCGCUUAUCUUGCCUUUUUGUGUAUUCGGACACACUACGAAAAAGUACGUGUUAUUCAAUUCGUUGGCUGCAUGAACACGGGCAUAAGCCUAGUGCCAAUUGUGUCAAUGCUGUAUGACCUCGUUCGGUAUACUUGGAGAGCAAAUUCGCAAGCUGCAGAGUGGAUUUAG